GUGUAGUGUCCGUGCCUUGCCACUAGGUGGCGCCGCACCACACGCUGUACUAUGGAUGUGAUUAAUUGGUGUUACCGUCCACCCUCGGCCGGACGAGGGAAGCUGUCCUCCUGCACCUCUGAGUAGGGAGUCCUCUUCGUCAGUAGCAGAGCAGCUCAUGUGGAGGAAGCAGCAAGGACAGAGAGCAGCUAGCAUGCGCGGACAAUUCACGUAAAUGGCGCGAUUUAAAAGGAGUUUAUACCAGCGUCUGCUGUUUGUCGUUUUUCUUCCAAUCACAGGUGUGUUGUGCUUUAGUGAGUUGUUUUUCAUCAAGGAGCCCCUCGAUGUCACCGUCAUGCGGAAAGAAGCAGCUAUUUUGGACUGUCAGGCGCAUGGAGAGGCGCCCAUCGACGUCAAAUGGCUCAAGAGCGGAGUACAAAUCGCGGAGAAUGAGCGGGUGUACCUGCUCUCCAACGGCUCCCUUUUUAUUUCAGAGGUGGAGAGCAGAAGAGGAGACAAAUCAGAUGAGGGGUUUUAUCAGUGCCUUGCUCAGAACAAGUAUGGAGCAAUCCUGAGCCAGAAAGCCCACCUUACAAUCGCAAGUAUUUCCUCAUUUUCAGUUCAGCCAACAUCUAUUGUGGCGACUGAAGGCUCAGUUGCCAGGUUUUCCUGUAAGACUGUUGCACACCCUCCUCCCAUCAUCACUUGGGAGUUCAAUCGGGUCACAUUACCCCUCGCCACUGAACGAAUCACAGUCCUGCCCAGUGGUGUUCUUCAGAUUCAGGGUGUGCAGCAGGCUGACGCUGGAAAUUACCGCUGCGUCGCCACCAAUAUUGCUAGUCGACGCCGAAGCACAGAGGCCACCCUCACUGUGACCCCAGGUCCCAGACCGCAGCUUCCCCAGAGACCUCGUAUCAUCGCUUCACCACAGAACAUCUCGGUGUCACUGCACCAAACUGCCAUCCUGGAAUGCAUGGCCACAGGCAAUCCCCGACCCAUCAUCUCCUGGAGCAGAGCAGACAGCAAACCUAUAGAUGUUUACAACACCAAAGUGCUGGGGAACGGCAACCUCAUUAUCACAGACAUCAAGCCCCAGCAUGGAGGCGUCUAUUUGUGCAGAGCCACCACACCUGGCACAAGGAACUAUACCAUGGCCUCAGCUAAUGUCACUGUGCUAGCACCGCCUUCCUUGGUGGAGUGGCCUGAGAGCCUUACGCGCCCCAGAGCUGGCACCGCUCGCUUUGUGUGCCAUGCUGAAGGAAAUCCAACGCCUCGCAUCACUUGGCUUAAGAACGGAGAAAAAGUUCACUCUAAUGGUCGGAUCAAGAUGUACAACAGCAAACUAGUCAUCAACCAGAUCAUCCCUGAGGAUGACGCCAUCUAUCAGUGCCAGGCAGAGAAUGAGCAGGGAUCAGUCCUCACUAUGGCGAGGCUCAUUGUGGUGAUGUCAGAGGACCGGCCAAGCGCACCCAGGAACAUCCGAGCUGACACUGUGUCAAGCUCUGCCAUCCUUCUGGCUUGGGAGAGGCCUCUGUAUAACUCGGAUAAAGUUAUUGCUUACUCUGUACACUACAUGAAGGCUGAAGGGUUAAACAAUGAGGAAUAUCAAAUUGUCAUUGGAAAUGAUACAACUCGCUAUAUUAUUGAUGAUCUGGAGCCAGCGCACAACUACACCUUCUAUGUAGUCGCCUACAUGCCAAUGGGAGCCAGUCGCAUGUCGGACAACGUGUUUCAGCACACACUUGAGGACGUACCCCUCCGCGCCCCUGAGCUCAGCCUCACCAGUCGCAGCCCCACAGACAUCCAGGUGUCUUGGCAGCCUCUUCCAGACAAGCUGAGUCGUGGCCGAGUCUGCAGCUACCGCUUAUCCUAUCGUACCAGUUCUGACAGCGCGGUCUCACAGAUAGAACUACCUGGAGAAAAGACCCAGCAUCUCCUGGAAAACCUGCAACCCGACACCAUCUACCUUCUUCGAAUUGUUGCCGCCACCAGCGUAGGGUGGGGUGAGCAGUCCGCCUGGACAUCGCACCGUACCCCGAAGGCAUCCGGUGCUCAAGUUCCCCUGGCUCCUGAGCUGCAUCUGGAGUCUUUAAACUGCACCACUAUUUUGGUACAUUGGCAGCUGGCACCCAGAAACUCAGCGAACGUGCGGGGCUACAAGCUAUUCUACCAUGAGGAGAGCCAGCCUGAGAGCACCCCAGUUCAGUUUCACGCCUCUGAUAAUAAACACACCAUCGGAGGGCUCGAUCCAAGGAAGAAGUACCACGUUAAGAUCCUGGCUUAUAAUGUUGUGGGAGAUGGGUACCAAGCAGACCAGACUAUCAGCACCCCUGGAUGUGUCUCUGUUCGAGAUCGCCUGGUACCCCCUCCACCUCCUCCACACAACGUGUAUGCUAAAACCAACAGUUCGACCACUGUCUUUCUGCACUGGAGCCGACCAGCAUUCACCUCCAGCCACGCAGUCAACUAUACCGUCCGCUGCAAUCCAGUUGGUCUGCAGAAUGCCUCCCUGGUGCUCUACCUGCAGACGAGUGAACAGAGACUCCUCGUGCGAGAUCUGGAGCCCAAUACAAAGUACGAAUUUGCUGUUCGCCUCCAUCUUGACCAGCUGUCCAGCCCCUGGAGCCCUGUGGUCUAUCAGAGCACCUUCCCUAAAGCUCCCACACGACCUCCUUCCAACAUCAAAGUGACUCUAAUUGAAGAAGACACCGCACUUGUUUCAUGGAAGCUUCCAGAUGAACUCAACAUACCUGUGACACGCUACACAAUCCUGUAUGCCUCCAGAAAUGACUGGAUAGCUGGGGAGUGGCAGGUGAUGGAAAGGGAAGGGACCAUCACCAUGGCGCUGCUGGAGAACCUGAAGCCUGGCCAGAUUUACUUCGUGAAGGUUUCAGCAUCCAACGACAUGGGCGACGGUCCGUUUUCUCACGCGGUGGAGCUGACAGUACGAGAAGGUCUCCCCCUUGGUCAUGAUAUCCGGGUUUCUCGUGGCUCCACAACGUUUUCUGAUAACUUCUACCACCUGGAUCAGAAGUCGAUGACCGGUAUCAGCGUUGGAGUCUGCAUCGCUCUCAUCUGCAUCAUCAUCUGUGCCUUCAUCAUCAUCUGCAGAGGCAAAAACAGGAAACUUUCUGCUGUGAAAACAUGCAGAGAGGGAAUGAGCACAUCUGCUGCAGCUGCAAGACCUCCAUCCUCUCAAGGAGAAGCUGAGCAUGCUGAUGUGAGCAUGCCAAUGAUGAAUCUAAACCAUUUUCUUGAUGCAAAGGGUGGAACAGAUCUCAUCAUCAAUUCUCUCGGCCCCAUUCAGCACACCGCUGAGAGGAAAAGGAAAUGGUUCUCCUUCAGCAGUGAUGUGAAAAGUGAGAGUAAACCCACACAGAACACAAGACUUGACGCGGCCUCAUACCAGCACGGCACCACAGUGCUGACCUACGAAGAGGAGCUUUCUUCAAACCAGCCCACCAACCUGCAGACCCUGCUCGGACAUCCCGGCGACACAGAGGGAUCUUCAAACAGCGAGGGCAGCCACGCCACCGGUGACUCAGGCCGCUACUCUCACGACGAGACGGAGCUGACCAACCUGUCCUCAGGGCCCAGCAGCCACCUUGCGUCUCCCACGGCAGAGGACGGGACCGAGUUUGACUGUAGCAGCUGCGCUGAAGAGUUGAACGAACUCUCAGAGGAAAAUCAGAGCAAACAGAAGGCGAAGGAGUCAAUGAAUGCUGGCAGUUGUCAACACGAAGCCCAAAGCAGAGUGUGAAGGCGUGCCUCUGUAUGUGUGCGUGUGUGUGUGAGUGUGAAGGCGGUGGUUUACUUGCACAAACAUUCACAUAAUAUAAAAGUUUACUUUAUUGUUUAUUUACACUGCACGUCAGUGAGUGCAGCGAAGAAUGUCUGGAACCACGCUGCCUCUUAUUUGGGCUGUUAUGAGUUUGCCUUUUUGCUUUAAUUGCAUCACAGAGCUAAGAAAUAGGCACACACAUACCCCGUAAAACAAAAGUGAUAUAAGCAUGUUAAACAGGAAAAGAAACAAAACAGACUAGUCGCCUAGACUAAAAGU